AUUCGCUGUAUUAUAGAAGUUUGUGAGUAACUGAAAUAAGUAGCAGAGAUGUCAGCAGCCACGGAGAUUUCGCAUUUUUCAAAGGCAGAAAAACCUUAUAAAUCAGACAAGUUUUUGGUGAAAAAUAAUUGCUAAACAAACUCUGAAUAUUAAAUGAAAGAAUAGAACACUUUUUGUGCAAAUAGCUAUUCGAUUUCAUAGUUUAAAGUGGUCGUGAAAAUCGUGUAGUUGAAUAUUUUACGUGUAUGAAGAAGAGUUCGUGCGUAUACGAAAGCAAUAGGUGGAGAAAGGAUAAUAUUUUGCAGUAAAGGUCAGUGAGCGUAAAUCAAGUGACAACAGAACAUCUGAAUCCGAAAAUUGUCAAAACACAGUAUACAAUGGACUUAGGAGAAAUAAAUCAAGCAGCUGAGGGUCCUCCCCAAGCAUUAAGCCCAGAACCAGUUACAACUGUAACAGAAGUAACAAUCAAGUUAGCAUCGAGCUCUGUGCAUGUUGGGGUAACAACAGCUGAUUCAACUGAAACAUUAAAUAAUAACAAAACCUUAAAACGUUGUUUGAGUGUACCAAUCUUGCGCGCUGGUCCUUCAUCUACAUCAAUGACAACUCGUUCAGCAGCAGCAGCUAUGGCAAUGCGUAACAGUGGUAACGCAGCAGUAUCCGCUGGUAGGAGUGCUAACUCCAAAGAAGCUCUAAGUACGCCAAAGAAAAAUCAAAUUUUUACUAAGCGGGAUCCAAUUGGAGAUGCUUCAGGUGGUAACAAUUUCGGGCAUAAUAUACACAUUGGAAUACCACGUUCAAAUCCUUCCUCCAGGGAGGUUUCACCCGCCCCGGUGUUUAAUAUAUUCGCACCAAGAGCCCGGCGUUAUUCCGCCAGUUACACACCACAUGGAGUAGCUGGAGCUGCAGGCAGUGCGGCUGUGGCAAGUGGGCUACCCCUAUGUCUUACGCCACGUGUCUCGCAAUUACGGCAAGAAGAGUGCGUGGAUAUGCUGAAUAGUCGUGAAGCAAAUCAUGAACGCGAAGUACACAGUGCCAUGCAGAUGUCUCAAAGCUGGGAGGAUUUGACCUUAGUUGCGGAAAAUUGGUCCUGCAAAUCAGAGGAACUCAGCAAUCCAUUGCAAGUGAUUUUGCCCGCUGGUGUCGCAAGCUGUUCAAGUCCAAGUCCAACAAGUAAUCGUGCUGGAAUGAGGCUUCCAUACGGCCUGUCACCAUCCCCAACAAGACGCACUUUCGCCACACGACGGUCAAUGUCACCAAUUGCUAUGCGGCCCUCACAAUUAGGGCCUGUUAAACGUAAAUUUGAGUUGGAUGAUAGUGGCGCAGGAAGUAAUUGGAAUGUAUAUUCCCAACCACCAAUGAAGAAAAUAUUUACUGAGAGUAGAGGUUCUUCACCGGUUUGCCAAUCACCUUCUUCAAUAUGUCCCAGUCCUGAUUCUGGUACAUAUGAUGGCCGCAUAACACCAAAGCUAUUCAUUUCAAAGUUGUGCACGAACAAUACAAAUAAUAAUUCAGCAUGUUCGUCGCCUAGUAGCAGCGUAAGUGGUGGGAUCAUCGACUCAACAACUACCUCAGGUAUAUGUUCAUCCUCCUCUUCAACUACUUCUUCCGUUUCUGGUGGCUGUGAGCCAAUGUGCAUCGGAGGUGGCGGAAUCGAUGAGGGAAUUUCUGUGGUAGACAAUGAGGACAAAGCUGCAAGCAACACAAUUUCAACAGGUUCUGCGUCUGUUGGCGGUGGCGAUACAAUCGCAGGGAAUGGGGUGCAUCCAAUGAACACCGAUAUACAAGAUGAUGCCACAUUAUUGGAUGAUAUAAAGAGUGAGACGUCAUCAAUUGGCGGAUGCUCCAGCAUCAGUAUCGAAUCGUCUUCCUGCGACAGCGCCUCAAAAGCAGCGGCAAGCUUCCUUAAUAGACUGAACGUUGACGAUAUUAGCACUAGUCCGCUGGCUGUGCAGAAAAGUUUUUACAUUAACAAACAAGGUUUAACUGGGCACAAAAAAUUUAUUGUGAGCAGUGGUGGCGGCGAACCGAUGGAAAGUAUUAACAUAAAUAGCACCAGUGGAAGCUCUACUGCUAUGAUGGUAGCCACAGAAGUUUCUACAGCAUGCACAAGCGGUUCAUAAAUAUAGCGGUUGUUGUUUGUUUUUAGUAAUAAAUUAAGUUAACAAUUAUUCAAAGAGGAACUUUGCACUCAUUUGUUUCGAUAUAUAUUUGGUAUUGCCCUUAAUACUCAAAAGUUAUAGGGGGCUGCAAACUACUAGAAAUAGAUAAAACAAAGCCACUGCAAGUUUCUUAUGCUAAUUUAUUUAAGUUUACAGAUAUAUUAUAUUGUUCCGCCAUCACUUAUUGUUAUCAACUCAUUUUUGUAGAGUUUAGUUGUCAUCACACAUUCAUGUCAUAGCGCAUUUGCUGUAACUUUUUUGCUUGUCCUGCUAAUUACAAGCAAGCGAUAAAUUUGCAGUCCUUUCAUUUGAACAUAAAAACGUUUGUGCUACUUUAAGUCAGUAUGUUUGUGUGUACAUUAGCGUAAUUUAUGUAUGCAAAGUGAAUUUCGCUUAAGAUUUGAAAAUAAAAUUGUUUCUUUUUUGUUCGAUACAUAGAUGUAUCACUAGUUUAUAAAAACAAUAUUUAUUAAUUUGCAGCAUGCAUCAAUAAAUAGUGGACGAUGCACAAUUUAAGCUAAGCCAAGUUU